AUGGCUAUUGCCUACCUUUUUGCUUUCGUUUUUCUUUCCCAUCUAGCGCUUAUUCACUCAGCUGAAGAUGAUAUCAAAAGCCUACCCACUUGCCCCCAGUCCUUCCUCUGCGGAAAUCACAGUCCCAUCAGCUUCCCUUUCACAAAUACCUCGUAUGGCCAUUGCGGUAUUGUGAUAGAUUGUGAUCAUCCAGUUCCAAAGGUCCAAUUAGGAAACAAACACUGUUAUGAUGUUUUUAGCACAAGUGACAAAUUUCUUUAUAUUCAUGAUCCGGCAGUUGAAUAUCACAUAUCUCACAAUAGAUGCGAUGACACGUUCAAGAAUUUAACUCUUCCCGACUUUGCUUUUGUUUCCUUCACCAUCACACGCAAUCUCACCUUCUUCAAGUGCAACAAUACUACUCAAACAAAGUAUACUAGUUACAACAAAUGCACAGAAGGCUACUCAAUUUACUACAAAUAUACAGAAAAGGAUGAUCAUGAACCUGCACCUGAUAGUCUUCUCCGUGAAUGUUCAGCUAUUCAGCUGCCAAUACCAUUGUGGCCUAAUUCUCCAAAGCCCGGAGACCCAUUUUCAAUAUUGAAUGCAACUUUCGCUCUUGAAUUGCAUAUAUCCCAAGAUUGUCUUGAUUGUCAAAGUAGAGGAGCCCAAUGCCUAAAUGUCCAUCAAGAGUUUCAAUGUCAUGAGAAGGCGAAAGGCCAGGAAUGUAAGAAAUUCAGCCAGAUGAAAGAAUCUCAUCUUCAUCAUCAACAAUAA